GGCGCGCAAGUCGGGAUGUCGAGGCGCUCCCUGGAGGACCGGGACGCUCAGACCAGACAGCUGCAAGAUGCUGUCACAAACGUGGAGAAGCAUUUUGGAGAACUGUGCCAAAUCUUCGCCGCCUACGUGCGGAAAACCGCCCGGCUGCGCGACAAAGCCGACCUCCUGGUGAACGAACUCAACCUGUAUGCCUCCACCGAGACCCCGCAUCUCAAGCAGGGCCUCCAAAACGUGGCUGAUGAGUUUGCCAAACUUCAGGAUUACCGGCAGGCAGAGGUUGAAAGACUUGAAACCAAAGUUGUUGAACCUUUGAAAGCUUAUGGGAACAUUGUAAAAAUUAAACGGGACGACCUCAAAGAAACAUUAAGAGCAAGGAAUCAAGAAGCUAAGCAGUUAAUUCAAUUAGAAAGAACACGCCAGCGAAACCCAUCCGAUCGACAUGUUAUUUCACAGGCAGAAAGUGAAUUACAUAGAGCUACAAUUGCUGCAACCCGAACAAGUCAUCACCUGGAGGAAACUAUUGACAAUUUUGAAAAGAAGAAAAUAAAGGAUAUAAAGACUAUAUUUUCAGACUUCAUCACAAUUGAAAUGACAUUUCAUGGGAAAGCUUUAGAGCUCUACACUGCUGCCUACCAAAAUAUACAAAAGAUUGAUGAGGAUAAAGAUCUAGAGGUCUUUCGAAAUUCUCUGUAUGCACCAGGUUAUCUACCUCGUUUAGAUAUUGUAAGAGCAAAUUCAAAGUCACCUCUUCAGAGACUGCUGUCAGCUAAGUGUGUAUCUGGAACAGGACAGGUAUCCACCAGUCAAAUAAGAAAGGAUCAACUAGCAGAAGAUGAUGAAGGUGAAAAGUCAGUUUUUACAGAAGAAAAUUCAUUUUCUUAAGUAAACUUCUCAUUUCCACUUUCACCUUACAUGACUUGAAAUCUAGGAUUCCUAAAUUGUAAAGCAUUAUACUCACUUUACACAUGAAACCUCAAAACAAAAUCCUACUAGAAUUGGAAAAAAUUAAAGGAAAUUUAUGCU